UAUGGAUGCUUGACCAUUGUAUAUUUUUGCAUUCAUGUAUCCAGAGGUGUUGUUAGAAUUUGUUCAAGCCAUCAGUUUGCCUUUGAAUAUUGCUCCAGAACUUCUCCCAAUGUGGAGGAAAUGCGCACGGAGCUUGCAAUUUCAUGGCUUGUGGCAGUGCCGGCUUUUGCAGUUUCCCUCAGUUGCUCGGAGAAGAGGAUAAGCGGCAUGACGAGACAGGACAAGCCAUGUCUUUCUCGUCAAUGCAAUUUGAGUACUCCACGUACUCUCCUAUCCUACCAAUGGCGUUGUUCUUGCCUGCUACAUCCACCAAGACCAACGUUGUCCAUUCGGGUUGGGUCGCCAAAAUGGCGUGAUACUGAGCCCUCCGCGCCUUUAGUUACCCCCUCCUCCUUCCUUCUUUUCGUUUUCCUCGUGGUUGAGAGACAAUUUCUCCCAUUUCGACUGUUGUAAGCGGAGACCCUCCCCAAUAGGAGUUCUGGAAGGUUUUUCUAACGAUCUUUGAGAACUGAUUGUCUCAUCUGGUCACAGCAGUUUUUGUUACAGAUCUUCAGCUAUGACCGACACUAUGGCGACAUCUGCCGAGACGCUCACAAAUGGACAAGAUCAAAAACCACCAGAGAAUGGGAAUAGUCACGUGGAUGCUGAUGAGGAGGAUCCCAUCAUUCAUGAGAUCCCCGUGUUUCUGGCCAAAAGUCUGGCCCAGCAAUUGUACCUUUUUCAAUAUCCCGUUCGACCCGCACACAUGUCUUACGACACGACGACGGUCCUGGAUUCCAAGGUGCGACCUCAACAAAAGCAAGUUGAACUGGCCAUGGCCUUGGACUCCAAAGGCACCAAUUACGACGAGUCCAAGGGCGAACAAAUUGCCAUGAAUGUGGAUGGAACGAUGGGAACACGCGAAGCUGAGGAGUUGGUCUUUCCCUCAGGCGUGAUGGACAAGCAAUUGCUGGCCUCUGCCAAGGCCGUGCCCAACGCCUCUCGUUACGCCGUGGGCAUUCUCGGUGGCAACGAACUCCAUAUCACGCCCCUGGAAGCCGUUCUCCAGUUACGGCCUAAUCUCGGUUACCUCGACAAAUCAGAUAAGACCGCCAAAGCUGAAGGCCGAACUUUGGACGAUCCAGACGAUCCUCAGGACGACAAAGAAGAAGAGGUCGAGGCGAAACCCGUGACGGUUCGCUUCGCCAAAUCCGGAACGGAUUACGCCAAGAAACAGCGGGAAAAAUCCUUCGCAUUUCAGCAAAAGAAGAGCGAAGAGGAACCCUGGAUUCCAACCCGGUUUCAUCACGUCAAAUCCACUCAAUGGGAACAGGAGUCUCAGAAGUUGUUUUGCCGGAAAAUGGACGACGAGAUUGCCUCCCUGAAUCAGACGCCCAAGCAAUAUCUUGAGGCUCUGGUGACUGAUCCAUUUAGCGAUGAGAUGAAAGUCAAGCAGGAACUGGAUCCUUAAAAUACACGCUAUUUUAUUUACGAUGAAAA